GAAUGGUUUGAUCCAGACUGUUGCAAUGCUUCGGUAGAGCGCAGAUACAUAUUGAAUACGUUACAGCAGAGCAGCUUCAUCUAUAGUGCUGAAAGCUUUCGCUACAAUGCGGACUGAUGUGUUCUUAACGCCCUAACAAGUUGGAGCACAGUAUCGUUAUCUCGAAAUGCAUGCUGCGACAAACAGUUUCUUCAUUUGCUUCCUCUCCAUACUCGUUCGUAUGUACCAAUGUAGGUAGAGCGGGGGCUGUAGACAACCGUGGAGCACCUUUACGUGGAGUAAUCUGAAAGUUAAUUGGAUCGUGGGCCUUGCGACGACACUUGUGUGUUUUGCAGACUCGGUUCCUGCAUUCUUUUUCGGUGGGCGAGGAAGUGAGAAGACAGAUUUGGCCAUAAAUUGCCGACAAUGAACGUGGAAUUACCUCCAGUUGCAACAUGGCUGCUGCUUAGAUGUUUAUUGGAAAAGUUCAGCCCUGAACACUGAGAAAGUUUUAAUUUAAUCCACGUCGCAAAAAAGAACUUUUCUGGGACAGUUCAGCUCUGGGCUGGAGAGGACUACACAGGGAAUCAGAGCGAGUGUAGCUCGCCGUCAUUCAGUUUGGUCCCUGCAUGACAGCAAACCAACACCGAGGGCUUUCCGCGAACACACUCGCUUUUAACAGCAUUUUCAACUUGGUCAAGGACUUGUAGUGUUUUACAGCAGAAAAUGCAUUUCUCCAUCCCCGAGACGGAGGUCCGCUCCGAUGAAAAUGGAUCGACGUAUGUGGCUUACAAUAUCCAUGUGAAUGGUGUCUUGCAUUGUCGAGUACGUUACAGCCAACUCCUGGGCCUCCAUGAACAGAUAAAAAAAGAAUAUGGAAAUAAUGUGGUGCCGGCUUUUCCACCAAAGAAGAUCUUCACACUCACACCGGCUGAAGUCGAUCAGAGGAGAGAACAGCUAGAGAAGUACAUGCAAGCUGUACGCCAGGACCCCAUUCUGGGAUCCAGUGAAAUGUUCAACAGCUUUUUGAGAAAAGCUCAACAGGAGACCCAGCAGAUUCCUACUGAGGAGGUCCAGCUAGAAAUCUACCUGUCCAAUGGCCAGAAGGUCAAAGUCAACAUCCUCACAUCUGACCAGACCGAAGAUGUUCUGGAGGCUGUGGCCUCAAAGCUUGACCUUCCUGAUGAGCUGGUGGGAUAUUUCAGCCUGUUCCUGGUUCAGGAGAGGGGGGAUGGGGGCUGCACGUACGUGAGAAAACUGCAAGAAUUUGAGCUGCCCUAUGUGUCCAUCACCAGCCUGCAUAGUCCUGACUACCGUAUUGUCCUCCGUAAAAGCUACUGGGACACAGCGUACGACAGUGAUGUCAUGGACGACAGCGUGGGACUCAACUUGUUAUAUGCUCAGACGGUGUCUGACAUAGAGCGGGGAUGGAUCCUCGUGAACAAAGAGCAGCAUAGACAGCUGAAAUCCCUGCAGGAGAAAGGCUCAAAGAAGGAGUUCAUCAGAUUGGCUCAGACACUGAAGUACUACGGCUAUAUCAAGUUUGAUCCCUGCAUCACAGAUUUUCCUGAGAAGGGCUGUCAUGUUAUAGUCGGUGCCGGCAACAACGAACUCAACUUUCACGUCAAAUUGCCCAGUGAUCAGAUGAAAGAGGGCAGCUUCAAAGUCACACGCAUGAGGUGCUGGCGGGUCACCUCAUCUCAGGUGCCUGUGGCGAACGGUACCGCAAACCCGAGCAGUUCCAGUAAAUGUGACGUCAAACUAGAGCUGGCCUUCGAGUACUUGAUGAGCAAAGACCGUCUGCAGUGGGUCACCAUCACCAGUCCACAGGCUAUCAUGAUGAGUAUCUGUCUGCAGUCUAUGGUAGAUGAGCUGAUGGUGAAGAAAUCUGGCGGAAACAUUAAAAAGCAGAUGCAGAAGAAGCGACUGAAUGGCACGUUCCAGCGGUCUGAUAGCCAGCAAGCUGUGAAGUCUCCUCCAUUACUGGAUUCCCCUGAUCCCAGCCGUGAACAAGUAGUCAAACUCUCUACCAAGCUGUCUUCUGUCUCCCUGAGAGGACUCAGUUCUUCCAACUCAGCCAGUGACAUCAGUGGCAAUGAUUUCCAUGGAAACUAUGCCUUUGAAGGUAUAGGGGACGAUGACCUGUGAUGGAGUCAUCCUCAAAGACUGGACUAAAGGAGGCAGAUUCAUUUAGCGGUUUCUCUGCGCUGAGUGUAGUUUAAUAGAUGCCCGGUUCUGCAGUAUCGUAAUCCCUUUCUAAAAGAAAAAAAAAUGAUAUCAAGAGUCUCAAAAAAUGGCCUAUGAAGUACAUAAUUUUGACUCAAGUCUCUCAUUACUUUUACAAGAGGUCUUAGAUUCAGUGCUUGUGCAAUUAAAGUAAAAAAAAAAUUGGGUAAUUUCAGAUUUGAGGCAUAAUUAGAGACAACGUCAGCGGUUAAAUUAAUACAGGGUUACAUAGGCACCUCAGGGCAAGUUACUACAUUCAAAAGCAGCUGUGAUGAAAGUUUCUUCAGAAGACGGGCUUUAUUGAAUCGUACUUCCUUACUAGAGACACAAAACUGUGCUUUUUCUCUCAUAUGUCAUCAUUUGGCAGGCACAAAAUUCCUGUUCUCUCAUUUUCCAUGCAUACCAGCAAACUGUUAAUGUGUUUCUUUUAAAAUCAGUUGAGAAUAUUAUUUAAUAGAGAUGUGCUUCGUAUCGUCCGGUGUGCCAAUGUUGCUCAACCUAUUGCGCGGUAGCGACGAUAUGACUUAUAGCGUGGCCUAUCUCCGCAGCUUCCUGUUUUCUUCACGAGAGGUAAACUGGACCUGACACCUACUGCAUAUUCAUUGCAUAUCCUAGAUGAAAGUACAAGAUCAGAAUUUAAAUCACCCUCUUUAUUGUGGCCUGCUUUCUCUCUGCCUUAUGCUGAUUCAGACGCCUUACAGUUUAACUUCUCACAUUUAAAUGUAGCGCCGGGCACAAGUUGGCUGAAAAGCUUCUCUCAUUCUGGCCUCAGCUGUGCCAUGAAAUCUUGCUUUGUUUUGAAGUGUUCGGCAGGCCCACUUGCACUAGCUGAACUCCAUGUCUUUUUUGCACAGUAUUAAGAAAGAUAGAUGGCUUGGGUAUUUAUUGAGAUGUUAACUUUGGGGAAAACAUCCUGGAACAUUCGCAAGAGGGUUGUUGGUCUAUUUUGUGUGUGUGCGCGUGUGUGCAUUUUGUCUGUGUUCUGUUAUUCGAACAAAUAUAUUAAAAAGGUUUCUCAUAAAUGCCAAAAUUAUAGUUCACUAAAGCAUUUUGCACAAAAAUCAUGGUAAUGUCACUUUUAUAAAUGUACAUGCAAUUAAAAAGUAUUCUGAAUAUUCACUAAUAUCUGUAUUAUCUUAGUAUAUUACAAACUAGUACAGUUGAUCAAAUAUAAUCCAGGCUGUGUAAAAAAAAAAAAAGAUUAGAAACUAACAUUUAUCAGUGUUUACAAAAUUGUAGGAAAUUGUUGGAAAAGAAGUGUUUACAAAUUUCACACCUAAAUUUCUGUGAUUGUCUUAGUACACUUUAUAUAUUUUGAAGAAUAUCAUUCUUUUGUUUUUCUUUUUAUUAUAUACAUAUAAUCCAUUUUGUAUUUUACUAAAUACAUUGUGGCAAUCAUCUCAGAGGACUGUGAUCACAUGGUGCUUGGGAAAUGGCUGUAUUUCAAAUUUAUGCUGGGGGUUUGACUGCAAUGAAUGAAAUUCCCAUAUUCAUACCAGAUAUAAAUAUAUGAUUCCUCCCACGCGCAGGAUGCAUUUAAUGCGAAGGUUGUUCUCAUGUCUGUGUGCUGUAUGGCUGAUUAUUUGAGCAGAUGACUGUAAUUUGUGAUUGCCAUGUUGAGUAUGUUCACCAGCAUCAUCAUCAUCAUCUAGGCUGAAAAGGGUAAACCAUCUGUACUCUUCAACCCUGUACAUCUCUCAUAAAUCAGUAUGAUUUACUUUUCAAAUUCUCAUUUCAUUUUAAAAACAAGAAUGGAAGUUAGAGCCUUCUGCGUUUCAAUAAAUUUAGGUGCCAAACAAUG